AUUUUGAUCAAUUAAUUCAAAUGUAUUUUGAAGAUGAAACAACUUGUCCUUUUACACAUAUUGUUUAUCAAUAUAAACAAAAUUAUAAUGUUUCUCAAGAGCGAGAUUGUCAUAUACAAG